AUGAAGGCCGCCAUUGUUGCCCUCGCCCUCUGCGGGCUCGCUGCCGCUGUCCCCGACAUCUCCAAGUUCCCCGCGUGUGCUAUCCCCUGCGUCACGGAAGCGGCCAAGUCGAACGGCUGCGCCGACCAGAGCGAUGCGGUCUGCUUCUGCAAGCCCGAAGCCGUCGCAAAGACGGAGGCCGCGGCCCACGACUGCGUCAAGAAGAGCUGCGACCCGUCGCAGUUCCCCUUGAUCCAGAAGGCGAGCGAUGAGCUGUGCGCCAGCGUCGGCAAGGUGCCGCCGCCCGCCGGCGGCCAGACCAGCGCCGUCGAGUCCACCGGCGCCGCCGCCCCCACCCCCACCGGCUCCGGGGCCGCCCACCCCACCGGCACGGGCGCCAUCACGGCCACGGCCAGCCAGCCGGCCAUCACCGCCGGUGCCAACGCCGGCCCCGUCGUCGGCGCCGUGGCCGCGGCUCUGGCCGCCGCCAUGGCUCUGUAG